UUCAGAUCUUCGAGAACGCAGAGACUCUUGAUCAGCCAAGAAGAUCAUAGUAGAAGUAGUGAGUACAGUGUAACUUUGUUGUGACAAUUGUGUUUUCCUUUUCACUGGACAAGUGAUUGAUAGCCUGCAGGUUCCAGACAAGAGCAAUCCGGCGAUUGUGUAGGUCAACCUAUGCUUACAGUGAAUUUCGAUGCAAUUGCAAGUGAAAGACUGGUCUCUGGCCUCAUUCACCUACCUCCCUCUCCAUAUGAACACCAGAUAUUUUAUUCCGCCGCACUCACAACUCUCCCUGCAACUCUUCGCUGCAAGCCAAGCGUGCUAGCAAUAAACACAACCUCUCGGGGGAGCACCUCAGAGGUUAAGAAACGCCAAACCAUGUCAAGCAUUCUCCAGGAAAACUCGGACCAGGAGCAACUGUCUAAUCUAUGGAACCUCCACCGCUUCAUUUCAAGCCUCUUCAUAGCUGAAAACCUAGCUCUGCGCAAAGGAGACUCGGGGAGCACAGCGACCGACGAUAUUGCUCAACAGAACGAAGAUGCCUUGCAACUUCUCGCUGCCAGAGAUUCCGCGACCGACAUCGAAUCUGACGAAGAGACUGGCGGCACCGGACAGGAAGAUGCGGAUGAUUUCGUGAUUGUCACUGGCAGCGAUUACGACACCGAUGACGACAGCGACUGGGAGACAGUGGUUGGUUCCGAACAAGACAACGACAGCCAGAAUCGCGAUGACAUCUUGAGGAGCCCAAUGCCCCAGCAACGUGCGCAGCCCAAGCGUCGACCUAGGCGUUGACCUCGUAUGGGUUCCAUUAGCAACUGUUGCGAUACCGACGACGACGAGUGGGAGACAGUGACUGUUUCCGGAUCCGACAGCCAGCACGGCGAUGACAUAUCGGAGGGCCCAACCGCCUGGCAUGCGUUCGGUCAUGUGUACAGGCGUCAAUUUUAUUUGAUUUUCGAGCAAGGGAUUCGUGAGCUUCUCCGUGGAAUUAUUUUCACGCAACAUGUGCCGCGUCCUGAGCCUGAGAGUUGGUACUAUGCACUGGUAUCCGACUGGGAUAACGGUGUCGUGUUUCUCCCGCGAACUGCCUGGUUUGCGCCUCGUUGCUUCGCUGGUGAUGUCUUCGCCGACGAUCAAAACUCAGAUGAGCUUUGUGACGCUGCACAGCUCCCCGAGAAUGGGACACCAUCGCCGCGAGAAGAUGCAGCUUCGGAGGAGGAGGAGAAGCCCUAGGGGUAGGAAAGACUGUGAGC